ACAGGAUAUCCUGUCGGGUUGGGAGGUCAGUUCUGGUCGCGGUGUUGCAUGUUGUUGAUCUCCGGUUUGGUUUCUUUGUCACCAUGUCCCGGGGAUCGAGCGCCGGCUUUGACCGUCACAUCACCAUUUUCUCCCCGGAGGGAAGGUUAUACCAAGUAGAAUAUGCUUUUAAGGCUAUAAACCAGGGUGGCCUCACUUCAGUCGCUGUUCGUGGAAAGGACUGUGCUGUAAUAGUUACACAGAAGAAAGUGCCGGAUAAGCUAUUGGAUGCCAACACAGUCACUCACCUGUUCAGAAUAACGGAUAACAUAGGAUGUGUAAUGACAGGAAUGACAGCGGACAGCAGGUCCCAGGUACAGAGAGCUCGGUAUGAAGCUGCAAAUUGGAAGUACAAAUAUGGCUAUGAUAUCCCAGUAGACAUGUUGUGCAAACGGAUUGCAGACAUUUCCCAAGUAUAUACACAGAAUGCUGAAAUGAGACCGCUUGGAUGCUGUAUGAUUCUGGUAGGUGUUGACGAAGAACUUGGUGCUCAGGUUUACAAGUGUGACCCUGCUGGUUACUAUUGUGGGUUCAAGGCCACUGCUGCAGGAGUCAAACAGACAGAAGCCACAAGCUUCUUGGAAAAGAAAGUUAAGAAAAAACUUGACUGGAUAUAUGCACAAACUGUAGAGACAGCAAUAACCUGCCUGUCCACAGUGCUGUCCAUUGACUUCAAACCAUCUGAAAUUGAAGUAGGGGUGGUGACAGUGGAUAACCCUAAAUUUAGGAUUCUUUCAGAAGCUGAAAUAGAUGCACAUCUUGUUGCUCUAGCAGAGAGGGACUGAAAUUCCAUAUAGUUCUGUAUUUGUUACAAAGAGAAAAGUGUUAAUGGAAGACUAGAUUGCUGUAACAGAAUGCCAUCUACACUGUAUUUUAACCUGUACAAAUAAAGCUGAGGUUUUGGAACAUG